CUUCAAUCAAAGUAACUGCUUUUAUUUCAACAUUUUGUAAAGCAAACAUAUGCUGAAAUUGCAUGUUGAUUUAUUAUACAUUAAACCUUAAACACUUAAGAGAACAUGCUAUAACCAACAGGGAAACAAAAAGGUAACAGUGUAAAUAAUAAAUUAUGUUAUAUUUAUGCAUUUGGCAGACACUUUUAUCCAAAGCAACUUACAGUGCCCUGAUUACAGGACAAUCCCCCUGGAGCAACCUGGAGUUAAGUGCCUUGCGCAAGGACACAAUGGUGGUGGCUGUGGGAAUUGAACCAACAACCUUACGCUUAUCAGUUCAGUGCUUUAGUCCAUUACACCACCACUUAUAUUGUAUGUUCUAAGAAAAUAUAAUAAAUAACCUUAUUUUUUAACUAACAGAAAUAAUAUUAUUCACAAUCUGCUUACCCUACAAAUUUACUGUAUUUAACUGUAUCCAAAUGUACUGUUAGUUUUAUUUCAUUUAAUUUCAUACAACUUUAUUAAUCCCAAAGGGGGCAAUUCAGUUUGAUGCAUAAAACAAAACAAAAGACAAACAAUAACAUAUAUAUAAAAUUUAAAAAAAAAAUUAGUAACAUGAUUAUGUGAAAAUAUGUACUUCAAAAUUACAAUACUUUCUACAUUAAGGAUCCGUCUAAAGGAUAAAAUGGAUAAAUGGGUCAAUAUACACAAUAAAAUUGUAAAUACAUGACCUUUCCAACAUUACACAGUUCUCAAGAAUUUUUUCUGUAGAUUAAACCAAUUUGAGCACGCAUUACCAUCUUAGGCUAAGAACUAGUGAUACAGGACAGAACAGCUGUUCUACAGCAGUUUCAUAGUUGGUAUGCCAAGGAGCUGACAUAACACUGAGCAAGCCAUAAAUUAAAUGACAUCUGAGGAUUCAAACUGAGACAAAGCAAUCUGGGGAAAUGAAUGGUACACCCUUUGCAUGAGCAAUUCAUGAUUAAAGAUAGCUAUCAAUUUUAAAAUCACACAGAACAAAGGUUAAAAUUGUGGGAUGCAGGUCAUGGAAAAGUCCAGUCGCUUUGUGAAUAGAGAUGACUUAUAUAAGGGUUUAUAUGAUGAUCUUUCCCACUCUAGACAGAAGAAUAUGUUGCUACUGAAUAAGAUUUCUGCAUGGAUUUCUGCUUUCACACUGCUUUUGCUGACUCAAAACCCUGUCUGCACAUCUGCCGUCACGGCCUGUGGAGUGUUCGUGGAUCCACCUGCCAAUAUUGAGAUAACAGAUCCUGGCCUCCUGGGUCACCUUAGUAUCCACUGGACUCGACCAGACAGCAUUCAGAACCUGACAGACUGCACAGUACGAUACCAACUUCGAUACUAUGACACCUUUGAGGAACGGUGGCGGAGUGUCCGAACUCUCAAGCUGAACUUUGCUGCCCAGUUUGACCUUGAGAAGCCAGUCAAAGUGAGGAUGCUCACUUUGUUGAAGUGCCCCUGCACCAAUGGGACAGAAGUCCAAGGGGAGGAGACAGAGAGAGUGUACACACCUGAACUUACAGGUGUGGAAGGAUCAAGAAUAAGAGAAUUUCACUGUGUUUUCUAUGGGAAUGAGUACAUGGACUGCACCUGGGAAUCAGGACCUGCCAAGCUUCUAAAUUCACAGCACCACCUCUAUUACUGGCACAGUGAAAUGGAUGAAACAAAGGAAUGUCCAGAAUACAUUGUGAUAUCUGGAGUUCGGAGAGGAUGCAGGUUUCCUCGAACAUCUCUCACAGAGUUCUCAACAUUUAUUGUGUGUGUAAAUGGAUCCUCUCCAGCAGGAAAUUUGAGAACUGCCUUUUUCUCUUUGGAGGUUCAAAACCACGUAAAACCAGCAGCUGUCUCCUCUCUCCGACUCCAAGUCUCAGAAAAGAAAAGGCUGGUGAAGUUAGAUUGGGCGCCACCCAGUGGUAUGGUGCCAGAACACUGUUUGGAAUAUGAGGUGGAAAGUAACACUACGAUGGCAGAUGGCACUGAUCACCAGCAGAGGAAAGGUCUUGAGAAUACAUCUUUUGACUUCCUGAAGGAGGGAGAAAGUAAGAAAACCUGCUUUCGUGUCAGGUCAAAGGUGAACAUGUACUGUGCUGAUGCAGGAUUCUGGAGCAACUGGAGCCAAACAAAGUGUACAGCUUCACAAGAGACAUACAUACCUGCAUGGGAUCAUCUCACUCUGGUGGGCCUCCUGGUUAUCGCCUUUGUUUUAGUCCUUGUCCUCUGUCUUUCAUUAUGGAUAUUAAGGAAGAUAACAUUUCUUUUUUUGCACAGCUGCAUGAAAAAGACCAGCAAGAAAGGUGUUCUCUACACGUUAUACAAGCAAAAAUUCAACAAGAGCAUGCCCACAAUCCUGAGUCCUAUUUUCCAGUGAUCCUCACUGUAACCAUCUACACUGUAUUACCAUUUAGCUGUUCUAGACUGCAGUGAAAGCCCAAACAAGCACAGGGGAGUGAGAUUUGAAAUAAGUUGCAGAGUUUACAUUUUAGUGCUUAUGCAGGGCUGAUAGGACCAAUAGUGUUGUGGAUAAACAAUGGUGGGCACUUAAAAGCACCACAGCAUUGAACUGAAUGUAUUAAUCACUUUUUUUACUGAACCACUAUACUACUACCUGUUAUGUUUACACACACACACACACACACGCGCACACACACACACACACACACACACACACGCGCGCGCACACACACACACACACACACACA